CAAUUACAAUAAUUCACAUUAUUCUGGCGGCAGAUUUUAGAAUAUGAUCGACUAUCAUCAUGUCAAGUUCAACAGAUGCUAGAGAUGGUUCCGACUACUUUGAUAUUAACAAUAUUUUAUCAACACAACAGAGGCUACCAUGCAAAGUAGAAAUGCCGAUAUAUCGUCUAGGCUACCUUGAUAGCAGUUCAGAGUCUGAAAACUUACAACCUGGAACCAAAUUGGAGCUGCCAUACUGGAUGGCAAGGGCACUCUGCAGCAGGAAGCGACACAUUAUAAGCGUUGAAUUGCCUAAGCAGUACAAGGAGGGCUAUAGAGAAAUACUCUCAGCAGACCCAAAUGUGGUAGAUUUACACAAACUUGGACCAUACUUCUAUAACUAUGGGAACCAGCUCCUUAGAUUUGAACUUCCAGAAACACCUGAUGUUGCUAAGUCACUGUUACAGACUUUCCAAGGACGUUUAAGAAAGAUAAUGGACAGCUCACAAAAUUCAUUCAAUGAAGACACAUCCAGACUUGUAGAAAAACUGGAUGAAUAUGAGAGAAUUUUAUUCAGAGAGGGACAGAAAGCUCUAAAUGAUUUUCAAUGUUGGGAAACAAGGAAAACCGAAAAGCUGACUACUUCAGAAAUGGUCAAACAUCAUAGGAAGAGAAAACGAGUGGUUCUUGAGGAAUCUUAAUGAUCACUGUUGAUAAAGUAAAAAAUAAUACUUUCA